AUGGGUGAGCCCAAGACAGUGUUCCCACUGAAGGCUUCCAAGAUGGAAGGCUUAGGUGUGGGUCUGGGAUUUUCCCUCAUCAGUUUGGGAAGUUUAUUAUUGGUCAGGAUGCUUUUCCCCGGCAUUUCCUGUGCCCCAGGACCAAUGGACUACACUUAUGAAAUAGUCAUCCCUAGGAAGAUAGCAGUCAAGGGAAGGGAGGACCCAGAAAGAAAAGUAGCCUACCUGCUACCCGUGAGGGGCGAGAACUUUGUGAUCCACCUGAAGCUGAAAAGAGGGGUUUUUGUCAAGAACUUCCCUGUCUACACCUACUCCAAAGGCGUCCCCAACGUAGACAUUGCUAUUGUCCCGGACGACUGCCACUAUGAUGGAUCCGUGGAAGGGGAGCCGGGGUCUCUCGCGUCCAUCAGCACUUGUUGGGGCCUCAGGGGCAUAACGAUCUUCCAGAAAUCAGUUUAUGGCGUUGAACCCAUUGAAACAUCAAGACAUUUUGAACCCGUCCUGUACCACAGGGAGGGGCGGCUCCAAAGCUGCUGCAGAGGGACGGCAGAGGAAGGCCCGAGAGCCCGAAGCCGGGGGCAGAAAGAGAGAGCGGAAGACAGAGAGACGGUGGGAACCGAGGCCCUCGGCUACAUCUGGUCCCACACCAAGUACCUGGAGCUGUUUCUGGUGGUCGACAACAGGUGCUUCCUAAUGUGGAACAGCAACGUGACCACGGCGGUCCGCACGGUGAUGGACGCCCUCGCCCACGUUAACACCUACAGCCGGGCACUCCGGGUCAGGGUGGUCCUGGUCGGCCUGGAGAUCUGGACGGAGAGGGACCGGGUGAGGGUGUCUGGGGACCUGGGGGAAGUCCUGCGGGCCUUCAACCGCUGGCGGGAAGGGGAGCUGGCCGGGCGGGCGAGGCACGACGCGGCCCACCUCGUCGUGGGCUCCGAUCCGGGGGAGCGCGCGGGGGCAGCAUUUCUCGGCGGGGCCUGCGUGCCCGGGCGCGCGGCAGGAGUCGAGGCUUUCUCGCACGAAGAUCCCGCCGCCUUCGCGGCGCUGCUGGCCCACGAGCUGGGCCACAACCUGGGCAUGAGGCACGACCACGCGGCCUGCCUCUGCCCGGACCGGCCCUCCUGCCUCAUGGGGGACCCGGUGAGCCUGCAGGGCAGUUUCAGCAACUGCAGCUUGGGGGAUCUCUACGCCUUUGUGCGCCCCCCGCACGGCUCCUGCCUCUACGACAAGCCCGCGGCCCGGCCGGUGCCCAGGAAGCCCAGGUGCGGGGACGGCGUGGUGGACGCAGGGGAGGAGUGUGACUGCGGCGAUCCCGGCGCCUGCCCGGAGGAGGCCUGCUGCCUGCCCUCGUGCCAGAGGCGGCCGGGCUCCGCCUGCGCCUCCGGGCCCUGCUGCAGCGAGUGCAGGCUGCUGGAGGCCGCCACGCCCUGCCGCCCCAGCGUGGACGAGUGUGACCUCCCCGAGUACUGCGACGGCGCGUCCCCGCGCUGCCCGCCCGACAGCUACAAGCAAGACGGCGCCCCCUGCCGGGCCGAGGGCCGCUGCUACCGCGGCCGCUGCCAGAGCCUGCGCAGCCAGUGCGAGGCGCUGUUCGGGGCGGGCUCCCGAGCGGCCCCGCCCAGCUGCUACCGCCACCUGAACACGCGGGGGGACCGCUUCGGGAACUGCGGCCGCGGCCAGCCCGGCUUACUUCAGGCCUUCGUGGGCUGCGAGCCCCAGCACGUCCUGUGCGGGAAGCUGCUGUGUGAGCACGUGCGCAGGCUGCCCCGGAUGCGGAAGCACCACACCCUGAUCCAGGUGCCCCUGGGGGACGCUUGGUGCUGGGCGGCAGACCUCUUCGAGGAGGCGGCUGAGCCCGAGGGAGGGGCCGUGCAGGCGGGCACCUGGUGCGGCCCCCGCCAGGUCUGUGUGAACCACACGUGCUCCGACGUGGGGGGGCCGCGGGCCGAGUGCGAGCCCGAGACCACGUGUCACGGCCGAGGGGUCUGCAACAACCUGCAGCAUUGCCACUGUGACGCCGGCUACGCUCCUCCCGCGUGCGAGGCCGAGGGCCCGGGGGGCAGCGUGGACAGCGGGCCCCCUCCAGAGAUCAGGACUUUCCUGGAUGUCAGAGUGCCUUAUGUGGACAUCAGAACCUUUCCUUUUGAGAGCAGUGUCCGUUUUCUGGAGGAAACGGCCUUAUCUGCUCAAGAACACCCUUUUGCAACUUCUCUAGCGCCCCCUACCCCUGAAGAUUCCUCUACUUCUAACUUUACCCCUCUCUCUUACCCAGACAUCACCUGUCCUCCCAUGCUUACCAUGUAUGAAGAAGAAAACACAGGAAACACUUUCUUUGUCUGGAUUUUGAUUUCCAUCAUCUUCUUAGCCAUCCUGUUGACUUUGGUUUCCUUAUAUUUAUUCUAUAAGACUAAAUCCAGGCACUCAGCAAAAGAGUCCUUAAAUGGGUUAGAGAAAGAGGAAGACACAAAAUGA